UACAUCGAAACACAAAAUAAAUUUACAUAACCCUAUUUCGUUAAAUGAUAUGAGGCUUGAUUAAAGCUAGUAAAAAAUGGAAAGUAAGUACUCGCUUCCCAUCAUUCUCAUCGUGAGUAGCAGUAGUACAAAACCAAAAUCGGUAAUAAAACUUCUGACCGGUGCAACAGUAGUAACUGAAACCGAGAACGAAGUCUCCUGCACUUGGCAAAUCGAUACAAAGUACUAUACAGCAGAUGUCGAUAUUUAUGGAAUAACAGACACAUACGAUCGUACGAGUGAAUUUAAUAAUAAUGUAGAUGCACUAAUUAUUCACAUGGAUAGUAAUAAAGACACGGGAUUGGAGGAUUUGGUAAAGUGGCAGUCACUCGAAAACGAUUGUGAUCCUGAAAUUAAGCUUCUAAUAUGCAAUUAUUGUAAUGCUGAGACUAAGGUUAAAAAAGCAAAUGCUAUAGACUGGUGCUUGAAGCAUGGGUACGAGUUGAUCGAAUUAUAUCCGAAUGUUGUCAGAUGCGAGGAGACAGAAGAGGACGAGAUAAUUAAGGAGAAGGUGGGAGUGGAUCGUAUUAUUGAAGCGCUACAAGCACAUGUAUGGCCAAGUUUAGUAUUGAAAAGCAAGCAUGAGAAUGUAAGUAGGCGCAACGAAGACAUUGAGGAAUCAAGUUCGGUAAAUUCUAAUCAGCUAAAAGAGGGAGGUUUCUUAACAAACGAGGCUACCGAUGAUUUUACUGAAUUAUUUUCUCAGUUACACAUGAUCCAACAGUCUAUGAAAUCAUUACCAAUAAGCCAACGAAAACAAUGUGCAGAACAAAUGGUGACAGCUUUUUGGCAUGCAAUUGGGGGCGACGAAGAGGAAAUAUCUGAUAUAUAAAAUAAUCGUACAAAUUUAUUAUAAUUAUAUAUGUUUAUGAUAAUUAUAUAUGUUUAUGAUAAUAUCACAUAUGCUUAAGAAUAGGUAGAUGUAUUGUUUUUGCAGAUUAAAGAUAACGUCUAGUUUUUAUAAAUCAA